UGACGUCACCGAAGCGACACCAAGUGAGACGGUGCCAGGUGUUUGCGCGGCUCCCUAAUCUUUCAGAUUGGCAGAUUAAGGAUUAAGAAUUGACGCUCGUGCGGCCUGGUUGCAGAAGUGGACAUAUGAAACGGAAAAGAAAAGGUGGUGGUGGAGGUUAAGGAAAUACUCGGUCACCAUAGACUCCCAUUCUGUCAGGAAACACUCUUCAUUUCUGUUCUCCAUGAAACCAUGAGAUUAAAAUUUUUUCUUUGCCAUCACUUACAGACCUACUAGGACACUCCAAGGAAACGGUCACUUCCAGUAACAAGUACACAAAGUGAAGCAGGUGCCAAUCUGUCCAGAGGCAGUUAAACGUUUAAUAUAAACAUGAAGAUGUGGUCUAUGAAGAUAUGAGUAAGAGCGAGGAAGGGGACAGUCCAGAGUUACACAGGAACCUACUGGUCAUGACUACCAUGGAGGAAAGAAUUGUGAACAUUAAGGAAGAAGACAACUGUGAAUGGGAAUCAGUGCACCACCAGCAGGACAAUCCUGGCAUUAAAAAGGAGGAGGACUGUGAAUUGGCAAUAGUGGGCAUUAAAGAGGAAUCUGAACGAAUAUCUGCUAGUGCUGACAUUCAGAAAAAUGAGCCUGGUAGAGGUGUCAAGGAAGAAGACGUCAAAUCAGAGUGUGUGUGCCGGCAUGUGUCUGCAAAUGAAGAAGGCACUGGAUCAGGCCACCUGCAACACGGGGACCCCUCACUACAGCAGUGCCCUGUCCAAAAGGAACCCUCAUGUUCAACUUCAUCUGGGGAAGAUUCAGAAGAGACUGGCAAUCUCGGCUCAGGCAUGUUUAAUGAGAGUACUAUUCAGUGUCAACCAGAACAAACACGGCGAGGUGAAAAUCUAAAGAAAGUGACAUCUCUACCAGGAAGUUUGUUGCUGGCCUCCUUCCUUCACUGCUGUGUGCCUGAAGUGAUUCAGAGGGAAUUAGAUUCAAUGAACACCGAAAAGGAACAAAAUCAAAAUAUAGCAGAUUUAGAUGUGUGCACAGAAAUGGAGAAAACAUCUAAGAAUACGCUUCAAUGCAAAGAUAAGCAGGGUCAAAUGGAACAGAAACCAUAUUGCUGCUCUGAAUGUGGAAAUCAAUUUUCAAGCCGACACAGUCUCCAGAUACACACAAGAGUUCACAUUGGAGAGAAGCCGUAUUGCUGUUCCAAAUGUGACAAACAAUUCUCUUCAUUGUAUGGUCUUCACAGCCACACACAAACUCACACGGGAGAGAAGUCCUAUUGCUGUUCAGAAUGUGGCAAACAAUUCUCCAGGAGUAGCUACCUCAAGACUCACACAAAAAUUCACACUGGAGAGAAGCCAUAUGCUUGUGCUGAAUGCGACAAACAGUUCUCCAGGAGUAGCCACCUCAAGAUCCACACAAGAAUACAUACUGGAGAAAAGCCGUAUUGCUGUUCUGAAUGUGGCAUACGAUUCUCUUCAAGUUAUGGUCUUCAUAGCCACACAAGAGUUCAUACAAGUGAGAAACCGUAUUGCUGUACUGAAUGUGGCAUACGGUACUCUUCAAGUUAUGGUCUUCACAGCCAUGCAAGAGUUCAUACAGGAGAGAAACCAUUUUGCUGUUCUGACUGUGGCAUACGAUUCUCUUCAAAGUAUGGUCUUCACAGCCACAGAAAAGUUCAUGGUGGAGAGAAACCAUAUUGCUGUUCUGACUGUGGCAAACGAUUCUCUGCCAGUAGCAGUCUUUGGUGCCACCGAAGAAUUCACACAGGAGAGAAGCCUCAUUGCUGUUCUGACUGUGGUAAGCAAUUCUCAACAAGUAACAAUCUUCAGAUUCACAGAAGAAUUCACACUGGAGAGAAACCAUAUUGUUGUUCUGAAUGUGGGAAGCGAUUCUCACAAAUGAAUGGUCUUCAAAACCACACAAGACUUCACACUGGGGAAAAGCUUUAUUGUUGUUCUGAAUGUGGAAAGCGAUUCUCUAACAGUAGCAAACUUUGGAGUCACACAAGAGUUCAUACUGGAGUGAAACCGUACUGCUGUUCUGAAUGUAACAGGAGAUUCUCAACCAAUGGUCAGCUUCAGAUCCACAUACGAAUUCACACUGGAGAGAAGCCUUAUGGCUGUUCUCAGUGUGAAAAACGAUUCUCCACUAAUAGCAGUCUUCAGAAACACAUAAGAAUCCAUACUGGAGAAAAGCCGUAUUGCUGCUCUCACUGUGGCAAACGAUUUUCUGACGGGGGUGGUUUACGCCAACAUGCAAAAAUUCACACAGGAGAGAAGCCGCACUGCUGUUCUGAUUGUGGAAAACGAUUUUUACACAAAAGCCAUCUUCAAAACCAUACGCGAAUUCAUACUGGUGAGAAGAGAACAAAAAAAAAGGAGAUGGCGUUAACGGAACCUUGUAAAGAAUAGGUGAAGUUGCGGCAAAUUCCAAAUGAGUAGCGUUAUAACACACAAAAGCAGGAAAUUUACAAUGGCUAUUAAUACCUUGAGACACCUCACAGUAACCUAGAGGAUCCAAAUAUAAAUAUUGAAAGAUAAUGAAGAAUGUUUUUUUCAGUGACCGCUUAACAAAAACCUAGAGAAAAAGUAAAAAUAAAAACAUCUCCAGAAUGCCGUAAGUGAAAGUCCAUAGAAACACAUCAGAGUAGAGUGGAUGGUCAGACAUCAAAAACCCCCGCAUGAAGGAAAAACAGUAGCCUGUUGGUAAUGGCUAAAAAAAUUUAGAAAUGAUGAUGAAAACUGUGGCUAAUUGAAAGAUGUCUGAGCCAGAUGGCGUCCACAACCUUAAGAUACUAACAUUCCUGCACAAGAAUUCUGCACACUUGUGACUUAAACCUUCUUGUCUGUUAUCAUCCCAUGUAAGCUGUGAGAAAUGACAAAGGGGACAAUGCAGUCACAAUGCAAAACCCUAUCUGCAAAUGGAAGAGAAUAGAAGACGAGAAAUACAAGAAAUGUCAUCACUAGGCCGUGACGCACGCGUAUCAAGUCAGAGCACAAAGCCAAGUGAAGAAGUAACCCCAACAGAAACUUCAUUUGUGUUUCAUAUGUAGCAAUUGACUUUCCAGUGACAACUGCCUUGAGUGCAACACACUUGACUCAGGACAGGUGCCAUGUUGCUGUUGUGAAUGUGACCAACAGUUCUUUGACAGUAAUCUUAGGAUGCUCUCAGUAAGUGACUUUGGGCCAAAACUCAUUUGCACUUCUGAAUGCGGCAUCCCGGUUUCACAAUAUAUUGAAUUUGUAUUGUGUUGAAGUCAUCCCUGGUUUGUGAUUGCUCUGUUGUUGUGAUCAACUCCAUGUAUGCGUUAAGCCUCUGACGGUUCAGUGUAUUUUAAUCAGGUUUGUCUUGUUCUUUUAUUAAUCCUGCCCUAAGCCCAGCUACACCAACCAUCGGCCAUCACCAUCGUUUUAUCAAAUCAGGCAUCAACUCCACAGAUGACAUUUCUUUUGGAUGUGAUGCUGCUAAGGUUCAGGUUUGCUGUGAUCUUGUAAUGGAUGUCACAGGAUGGAGGAAUAUGGAAAAUGAAGAGAAAACAAAUGGUGAUGCUUUUUGUUUAUUUUAUUUUACAUAAACGUGUGGACGUUUUCAAUGUUUAAUAUCAAUAACAUCUGUAUUUAGCACAUGGCAAAAGCACUCAGACCCUCGACCAAUUCUGUAAUAUACUGAAUAGCAGAUCUCACACUGAAGGUUUCUUUUCUUUAAUAUUUACAUUUCAAAGUACUGAAACUCAAAAUUAGUGUUUCUGUGUGACGUUGUUCAAAUUAUCAUUUUGAAUUUUGGCGCUCCUUUAGUUAAAUUAGAGAAUUUGACACUGUUUUUGAAUAAGAGUAUAUUAAUAAGGAUGAAUUUGAAGGCAAUAUUUUGAAAUGUAAUGUGAGAACCACUAAUAACUGAGAUAUUGGUAAGCAAGAAAUGUAAGACUAUAUUUUGAAAUGUGAAAUAAAACCAAAAAAUAAUUGAGAAAUUUGAAGUGUUGGGAAAUACAAAAGAAAAAAUCAGGUGUCUGUUGUUUUCUAUCCCGUUCGAUUAUAGCGGCGACCUCUGAACGUUCAGUAGCUGUGAACACCUGGAAAGGUUCAGCAAAUCAGAGUGGACAGAAAACUGGGAGACGGAAGGCACCAUUCAGGACCAUUGUCAGAAUUAUAGUUGGUGGGGCAGGUAAGAAGUUCAAAAACCAGUUGAGUUGAGACCUUAGACCAAAAAAACAAAACAGAUUUUAGUCCAAAAGCUGUAAUAUUACCUUGGGUUACGUUCCUCAAACUGCCACUCCUGCAAAGUUUGUUUUUAGUAAGCAUUAGGUGAGACUUGAGUUUAGCUGCUGCAA